AUGAAUUUGAGAAAGAUUACUGAUAUCAAUGUUGCAAAAUACACCAAAGAUAACUGGGAAUCUUUAAGGCACGAAUGGGAACCUUACGCUAAAAGAGAUACGUUAUGUCUUGGAAGUUGUUUGAUAAAAUAUAACCAAGUCACGAAAGAAGUUCUAAACCAAAAUAUGUCCAAUAAUCUAACGGCUCCAUCUUUAUCUUUUAAGGGUUGGUAUUAUUUGUAUCAUUACGAUAAAGGAAUGGUUGAAGAAGAAUGGUAUGAAACUACUAGAAUGGUUGCGAAACAUACUGAAAAAGAAAAUAUAGAAAAAGUUUAUUCGAACACUAAUCCUUUUAUAAGACACUAUAUCAGACGAUCUAUUAAAGGAGGAAGAGUUUCGGCAUAUAGAAAAAUAUUUGAAACGAAUAAAAUGGAUGAAAUUUGUAAUGUAUUAAAGGAAUUUAUUUCACAAAGUGAAACUGAAAGUAUUCCACAAAGUGAAACUGAAAGUAUUUCACAAAGUGAUAAUUCACAAAGUGAUAAUUCACAAAGUGAUAAUUCACAAAGUGAAACACAAAGUGAUAAUUCACAGAGUGAAACACCAAGUAAUAAUUCAAGAAGAGAUAACAUAAUUAAUCUAUUCAAAGAAUACAGCGCGAGCACAAAAGACAAAACAGAAGUUAAUUCAAAACUUAAAAAAAUAAAAUGUACGAAACUAAUGGCAUUUGAUGCUAAUGGUUUGUACGCUUCAGCAAUGUCGGAUUUAGACAGUGAAUAUCCAAAAGCAGAAAGUGGAAGACCUUUUCUACCAGAAGAAGAGAGAAAAUUUUUAAAACUCUUCAAUGAACAGAAAUUUAGACCUAGAACGGCGAUUUUAACAGUGUUGUUUAAAUAUCCCUAUAACAUGUUCUUCCAACCAAUACCAGCUAAAGAUAAUAUCACAUUCACGAAUAAAGAAAGAAAAAAGGAAACUGAGAGUAAAAUCAGGUUUAGAUAUGGUUUCUGUUCAGAUGUUUUAACAUCGGUCGAUAUACAAGAAAUAGUUAAAUCCGGUGGACAAAUUAUUAGAAUAUUAGAUGAUCUUAGAAAUAAAUAUAAACGAGAAAGUAAUAUUGUGGGUAGUAAUUGCAUGAAAUUAUUAGGUAAUUCCUUGUAUGGUAAAUCUAUUCAGAAGGAUAGAAAAACGAGAAAUCAUUUGUGGAAUGAAGUAACUUUUCAGGCUUACUUCGACUCACAUGUUAAAAACUAUGAAAAAAUAAAUGAUACUCAAUAUUUCGUUGAGACAGAAAUUGAAGAAAAAGAGCUAAAUGCUGAAGAUCACUCAACAAAAUCUACAAGACUAACACCUAGUCAUUUGGGAUCAUUCGUUUUAUCUCACAGUAAAAAAAUAAUGAAUAAUUUCAUUCAUGUAAUAAAUGGAUUUUAUAAACCUGAAAUAUACUAUACCGAUACUGAUAGUUUAUACAUUUCAUCUAGAAAUUGGGAUAAAUUAAAUCGAGCUGGGUUGGUAUGUGAAAAUGAAUAUUGUAAAGGCAAGAAUGAUUAUGGUGAUGGUGGAAUCAUAUUUGGUUUAUAUUUAGCGCCAAAAGUCAAAUAUAAUAUGAUUCUAACUUCUGAUGGUGUUUUAAAAGAAAAGAAAACGUUUAAGGGUUAUUCUAAUAAUAAGACAAGUGUAGAAGAUUAUAUUCAGUUGGCUAGUGGGCAUGAUGUGUCGAAUGAAUUUAAUAAAAGAUGGGAAAGGAGUUUCACGAAUGGAGUAGUUAUUCCAAAGGAUGAUGAUAAACAAAAGAAAGUUUUUAGAAGUUAUUUGAAUCUUGUAAAGAGAAAACCACCAAACAGUGAAGGAAUUAUGUUUCCUUAUAAUGAUAAAGAAGAGUAUAGUUUUGAUGAAAACUAUGAAUUUGAUGAUUUCGAUUAA